AUGGGAUCCGGGCCAUCCGUGGCCGUGCGUGAUGAGAAGCUGCGCGCAGACAUUGCAGUCAAGCUCCAUGCGGCCAAGCGGGCUCGGCACGAUGCUCGUGCAAACAGAGCAGUCAUGCAAGAUGCCUUCGAUGCCGUGGGUCCAGAUUCGGCGGGGUCCGUGAGCUAUCCGCAAUUCAAACGCGCCUCCGAGCGCUUGGGUAUGCGGGUGUCCGAGAAGCAGCUCAAAGCCGCCUUCGCUCCCUUCGAGGUGCUCCACAGCGGUCGCCUGACCUGCGCCGAGUUCAUCGAGUUUGUUUGCAGCGAUGAGACCGCCAGACCAACAUCGAAAACUGCUGCAGCGGGGCGCCGUCCCUCUCACGUCGGCGGCAAAGCAGGCGGCGCGGCCCAUGCCAGCAAGGACAAGCUGACAGACUCUUCCGAGAGUGGCCUGCGGCGGUCGGCAGCACGAAUCGCUGAUGUCAUCUUCGAAAAGGAGAUUGACCUGCGAAACGCUUUCAAGCAGUGGGACCUCAAGAAAUGCGGUGGUCUCGAUGAAGAGGAGUUCCAGGGCGCUCUUACAAGCCUGGGCUUCGAUGCCACUCCCGAAGUCACAUCUGCCGUGUUCAAGGCCUUCGAUCUGAAAGGGGACGGACGAGUUUCCUGUUGGGAGUUCACGAGGGGCCUCCACAACUUGCAAGCGGCCGCAGAGGCCACGGCCACUGAGGAGGAGCGACGCGCACGCAGAGAUAGAAAGAAGGCCUCGGCACUGCACAAGCAGGCAGCUGCACUGACCGUGGUGGGUGCAGGUCUAGGGGGAGGACACCUGCCCGAGGCCACGGCUCUGUCCGGUGCCAUAGCAGAAGGCAAUGCUGCGCACCUCCGGAAAGCGCUGCACGAUGCCGAGAAGGUCGGCAUCGCGCCGGAGGAGCUCGAGGCAGCACGGUCCAAGCUGCAAGAUCUAGAGGAGAAGGAAGCCGCGCAGGAUGAGCUCGAAGAUGCCUUGGAGAUGCCGCGGAGCUCUGCGAGGCUCCGGCGGGCGCUCGAGGAUGCCCAGUCGGCGGGCCUCGGCGAGGCAAGCUUGGCAGAAGCACGGAAAGCGCUGGCCCGGGAGGAGUGGAGGGAUCAAGUUAGACAGCGCCUACAAGAGGCUAUGCGGAGUCGCGAUGUGGAGCACCUUAAAGAAGCUAUAGAAGAUGGAGAGGCAGCCAGCUUGCCCGAGGAGGAGCUCGCCCCUGCACGUCAGAUCUUGGCCGAAGAAGAGCGGAAGGCUCGAGCAAAGGGAGCACUGCAGGAAGCAAUGGAUGCUGGUGACGAAGCCCGCUUGCAAGAGGCAAUUUCGUUGGCACAGAGGGCCGGCGUCGAUGCCUGCGAGAUUGCGCGAGCCAGAGAUCUCCUCGCCGCACUGGGACACAGGAAGGCUGCGGACCAGGGCCUGAGAGAUGCCAUCAGCACAAGGGAUCCUGCAAUGCUGCAGCGUGCCAUUGAGUUCGGUCGACAGAACGGUGCCAAUGACUCCCUUGUCCAAGAUGCCCAAAGGGUGUUGGAAGAUGUGAUGCGAAAGAGUGAAGCACAGGCAAAGCUGAGAGCAGCAAUGGAAAGUCAGGAUGCUGUGAAGUUGCAAGAUGCGCUUGAAUUCGGCAACGGGCUCCUUGCAGAAGAAGAAAUGCAACCUGCAAGGAUAAUGCUCGCAGGCUUGGAGCGCAAAUCAUUGGCACGCAAAGAGCUCGCAGAUGCCAUUGCUACGAAAGAUCCUGCGCAGCUUCGCUCGGCCUUGGAUGUCGGUGAAGCAGCAGGUCUGUCUGCAGAUGAGCUGAUGCCUGCACGCCAGCUCUUGGGCCAGGAAAACCGCAAGACUGCGGCGAGAGAAGCUCUGAAUGCAGCCAUCGCAGGCAGUGACACUUCGCGUUUGCAGGCAGCCAUCGUCGAGGCGGAAACUGCGGGACUUCCAGAUGCAGAAAUAUCGCAAGGUCGUGCUGCGCUGGCGAAGUUGGAGGCACUGGCCAGAGCAAGACGGGAGCUGCAAGAAGCCGUUACUGCGCGGGACCCUCGCCUACUGCAAGAAGCCAUGGUCAGAGCACAGGCUGCGGGGAUUUCGGAGGAGGAGCUGGCAGCAGCCAGAGCCUGCCUGGAGGAGGAGCUGCGAAAGCAAAGGGCCAGAGAGCAGCUGCGUCAAGCAGAGCAGAGCGGUGAAGCUUCCGAACUGCGUGCAGCCCUGGCAGAGGGGAAAUCUGCCAAACUUGCGGCUUCCGAGCUGGCGGCAGCGCAGAGUGCCUUGAACCUUGCGGAGAAGCAGCUUGCAGCCCGGACGCGCUUGCAGGAAGCUGUGAAGUCUGGCGACAUAGCAGAGCUGCGCGCAGCCUUGGAGGAGGCAGAGUCUGCAGGGCUCUCGGAAGACGAAAUUCAGCCUGCGAGGCAGGCAUUGAGCAGAGAAAGUGGGAAGCUCGUCGCAAGGCGGCGCUUGCAAGAUGCAGUUGCCAGCAGAGAUCGCCAGGCCUUGCGCGUGGCCUUGGAUGGUGCAGAAGCAGCAGGACUCGAAGCGGAGGAUCCGCAGUUCGUCGAAGCAGCAAGGAAGACUCUGGAAGAAGUCGAGCGACAAGAGGCGGCAUCGCAAGCACUUCGUGCUGCUUGCACAUCCGGUGAUGCAGAUGCGCUUAGGGCAGCGAUAGAGGAAGCGCGUGCUGCAGGAGUGCGUGCGCACGAGAUUUCAGAGGCCGAGGCCGUCCUGCAACGCCUCGAUGGAAAGGAUGCCGCCCGGCGCUUGUUGAGGCAAGCGGUGGCUUCUCGAAACGCGGAGGAAUUACGGAAUGCCCUGAUUGCGGGCGAGCGGGCGGGCCUUUUUGGGCCUGAGCUCGAGGAGGCGAAGCAAGCCUUGGCUGAGGAGGAACGCUGUGCGUCUGCACGGCAGGCUUUGCAAAAAGCCCUCGUGACCCGAAACAGAGAGGCCCUCCAGGAGGCUCUGCGCCAGGGUGAGGCGGCGGGGUUGCCAGCCAAAGAGCUCGAGGCUGCACGGGCCGCACUUGGGGCAGAAGAUGCCAAAGCCAAAGCACGCACCAGGCUGCAAGCUGCCAUUAAGGCCAAAGACAUUGGGCAGUUGCGAGGAGCCAUCGCGACGGCAGAACGAACCGGCUUGACUGCUGAGGAAAUACGCCCAGCCAAAGACAUGCUACGCGAGCUGGAGAACAAGGAGCUGGCGAAAAAGAAGCUUCGCGAAGCACUCGCUUCUCGAAAUGUCGAAGCUCUGAGGGCCGCAAUAAGCAAGGGCGAAGCUGCUGGCUUAAGUGAAGACUUGGAAGAAGCUCGUCGGGUCCUGGCAGAGGAAGAGGCAAAGCAGGCCGCCAGGAAGGCGUUGCUGGAUGCAGAAGCUGGCGAUAGCAUUCCGCACCUACAGGCGGCCUUAGAAGCGGGUCGCAGCGCGGGGCUCCGGGCGGACGAGUUGGCACCGUCCAUGCGGCGAUUGGAAGAGUUGCAGAGGAGAGAAGAGGCGAGCAAAGCACUGGAAGAGGCGAUGAGGCAAGGAACAAUCGAAGAUCUGCGAGAAGCCCUGAAGCGAGCUGAGCUGGCUGGCGUCAGUGCUCUCCUUCUCGACGAUGCUCGGGAGUUGUUGCGCCGUCGUGAGCAGCAGUCGAAUGCAAUGCAAAGCUUGCAGAAUGCAGUGACGUCCGGUGACAUGGCUGAGCUGCGUGCAGCUAUACGCCAAGGGCAGGCUGCUGGUCUUCCAGCCGACAGUAUGACUGCUGCCAUGGAGAAGCUGGCUGAACUGGAGGAGGCUGAAUCGAGGAAGCAGCAGCAAGAGGCAGAGAGGCAGCGAGAGCUAGAACGACAGGCGAUGUUAGAGCAGGCGAGGAAAGACCAUGCCACAGAGAUGUUGGCGGAGGCUUGCAAGUCCCGCGAUGUUUCCAGCCUUCGAGCGGCCAUUGAUGCCGCACACAAGGCAGGACUGGAUGGUCACGAGCUGGAAGAGGCCACGAAGGUUUUGGCGGAGGAGGAGGCCAAAGCUGCAGCUCGAAGUCUUCUGGAAUCCGCCGUGGCCUCCGACGACGUCGAGCGUCUGCGUGAGGCUCUGCGGCGAGGUGAGCUGGCGAAGUUGGAGGAAGCCGAGAUGGAGGCCUGCCGUCGAGCGCUCGCGCAAGCCGAAGCACGUGCACGGGCACGGCAAAGCCUGCGCAAGGCCCUGUCAGACGAAGCCGAGGGUGGCCGAUUGGAGGUGUUGGAAGCCGCUUUGAAGGCCGGUCAGGAGACAGGCUUGGGGGGAGAUGGCAACGAGGCUGAUGCAUCACUGAUGGCGACUGCCCGCCAGAGGGCGGAUGAGGAGGCUGCAAAGGUGCAGCUGCAAGCAGCGAUUGCAGCGGAGGACGCAGAGGAGCUGAGGCGAGCCAUUGACUUCGCAAGCAGAACAGGCUUCACAGGGCAAGCUCUGGAAGAUGCUCAGAAUCUUCUGCAAACCCUUCUUGCAAGAGAGGCUGCGAAAAAGGAGCUGAAGGAGGCUUGCCAAUCCGCGGACCUUGAUCGCUUGCAGGCCGCGUUGGAGUCUGCAGAGCAUGAGGGGCUAGCAGACGCAGAGAAGAGUGAAGCCUUGGAGAAGCUUCGUGAACUCCAGCGACGGGCCACGGCAGCUCGCAGGCUGAAAGACGCGAUGGAGUCUGGCGAGGUGCACGCGCUCAGGGCUGCUCUCCACGAAGGGGCGGAAGCUGGUGUGGCUCCGGAAGACAUGGAGGCGGGCAAGGUCGCCUUGGCCCAGAGCGAGGAGAGAGCACAGCUGCGGCGUGCACUGCAGGCCGCGCAGCACGCCGCGUCGCAGUCACCAGCCGAACCGGAAGCUCCAGCCACAGCAGCCGCAGCCACACCGGAGCCGGAGAGAGCACCAAGAUCACCAGCGAAGUCGGACGCACGGCCGCCAAGCACAGGUGAGCAGAUGGUGCAAACACUCGAUUCCUCCACCAAAGCUCGGUCGGCUCGCUGCACUCCCACCUCGCAGACCAGACUUUUCGAGAAGAGCGAGUACAUGUUUAAGAAGACCGUGCUGGGAUCGGAUCUGAGCGACGAGGAGGUGAUGAAGAGUUUUCGACAACGGCUGCGGAAACUUUGUGUUUCUCCUGCCGAGGCCUUGUCUGAGUGCAUGCAGAUGCCUGCCGUCGCCAAUGCGGGAAACUGCGAUGGCUCUUCCUUGCCUCCCGUCGAUGCAGAUGUCGUGGCGGCUUUUGCAGAGCAGCUCCAGCUUUCAAUCGAUCAGCCUCGAACAUUGAAACUCUUGUCUGGCCUUGGAGAUGGAGCUGGAGAUGGCACGACCGUCUCUGUUAGCGAAUUUCUGAAUGCUCUCCAGGGCAGCGGCGGUCAAGGCCAAGGCCCAUCCCGAGGGGAUGCACAGCCCGGGGCCGGGGCCCCUGGCCCUGGGGGCCCUGGGGGCCCGGCGGGGGAUACCAUAAAGCUGGGGAGCGGGGCGCUGACUGGAGCCCAUGCAGCCGCCGCAGCCAGGGAGGAAAGGAAGCGGGAGUUGAUGCAGCAGUCGAAGCCCAAAGAGCACCUGCGGCAGUUGGUCCUUCAACAGCGGGUGAGCCAGCUCAGUCACAAGGAAGCUCAGCUGGUCACGAACCUCAGGGAGGCCUUGUUUGAACGAAGAUCCAACAUGCAGAAGAUGUUCAAGAGCAUCGACCUCAACGACGACGGGAUUGUGACCUUGGAAGAGUUUCUUCAUGCUUUGGAGGGUGCCGGGGUGGCAUUGGGGCACGAAAUCGAUCGCGCCCGUGCGCAAGUGACAGACGAGGAGGCUGCACGAAUGUUAGCCUACUUCGAUCGCAGCGGCAGUGGGUUCCUCCACUACAACGAGUUCAUGCGGCUGCUGCAGGGCACUCUGGACUUGGCUCCCGAGGCCCCCUCUGACUUGGAGCUGGCACGCAGGAUUCCCGAUAUCGGCGACUAUCGAGGUCAAGCAGGGAGGCAGUCCGUCGACUUGAGCGGCACAGGCUUGAUUCGAGCCGCUGCAGGCUUACACGGCGCCAGGUCUCCUGACGAGCAAACUGUGCAGAACACUUUUGCCAAGUGGGACGUGAACUGCGAUGGCAAGAUAUCCGAACGAGAGCUUCUAACAGUUCUCAGAAAAGUGGACCCCAAAAUCAGAGACAAGGAUGUGCGAAUCCUCUUCGAGAAAGCCGACUGCAAUGGUGACGGCUUGAUUGACUACCAGGAGUUCGUGGCGUGGCUCUUUCACUGA